CACCUCCUUCACCUCCAUUAACACCACAAAACACACACACACACACUCUCACACACAUCACGAAUUCACCAUUCACAAAGUUCUCUGCCUUUUCAUCUUCUUUGAUUCCUCUGUUCCACAUCUACAGCUUAACACAUUCAAUUCGUUCAAUCAUAUACAAUCACAACUCGCAAUCACAAACAACAAAUUCCAUUUUGGAUUCCCUGUUUAUUUCUUUUUCUAUUUUAAAAAAAAUUUCAAUUUUAGCCACUCGUGCUCUCAUCUUUUUUAGAUUCUACAGAAUGAAUUGUCUUUUUGGCAUUCAUGGUGUCUUCUUUCCUUAACACCCAUCUCUACUGAAUCUCUUUUUAUUUCUUUCUUUUUUCGAUAAUUUAAGAUCUGGGUUUUGGAAUUUGACUCGUUUUUUCAGUUGGGUUCUUCUUAAAUCUCGAUUCAAAGCGAGUUUUUGUGCUUUGAUUCAGUGAUUACCAGAGAGCUACCGAGCACCGGCAAAUUUUACUUCUUUUUGUUUCUCUUUUUGUUGUUGUGAUUGUGAUUGUGAAGAUAUUUUGAUUGUUCGUCAAUGGCAGCAGCUAAGAACAGUGGGAAAUCCAAAAAUUUCACCGAAGAAACUCAGAAUUUUACACACAUGGACUUCGGUCAGAUGGGUUUUGAUGAAACCAGAGAAUGGAAGCAAGUUUUUGAUGAAGCUUCCAUGGCGGAUAGACACAGAAACGCUAGACCUCUGAAAAAAAUCAAAAGCCCUGAACAUCAAUCGACCUCUUCUUCAUCUUCAUCUUCUUCGAAGCUUUUCCCCUUUGCAUUUGACGGAAAUAAUCAUCAGACAAUCGAAUCAUUACAACAAUAUCGUUCCAAUUUUUCUCAACCUCUUCCUAUAUACCCAUCUCAACCACAAAACCCACAAAUGAUUUCUUUUAACCCGCAACAACAUUACCAGCAACCGCCAAUGAUCCACCAAAAUUUCGGGUUCCCGCCAUAUUUUUCCGGCGAGCACUCAGGAUCAUCGCAGCAGCAACUACUCCAGUACUGGAGUGAUUUGAGCCCUAGAGGUAGGAUGAUGAUGAUGAACAAAAUGCGACCUCCAUUUCAACAAAUUCAACCGAUUCACACCACGAAAUUAUACAGAGGUGUGAGGCAAAGGCAUUGGGGGAAAUGGGUGGCGGAAAUUCGUCUUCCAAAGAACCGUACUCGUCUCUGGCUUGGAACAUUCGACACGGCGGAGGACGCUGCCAUGGCUUACGACCGUGAAGCUUUUAAACUUCGCGGUGAAAACGCCCGAUUGAAUUUCCCUGAGCGAUUCUUUAAGAAAAAUAAGAACGAAUCGGUUUCCGGCGGUGGUCAGAACUCCGGCCAGGAAUCAUCUUCUUCAUCUCCUCCGACUCCGUUAGUGAAAGACGAUACAGAGGAUUUAAAAUCGAAGGAAUCUGAGGAAGUUGUUACAGAGAAUGAAGGUGUUCAUGGGGAUCCGAUAACUCGGGAAGAAAAUUCCGAUCCUGCGUGGGGGGAAAUGGCGGAGAAUUGGUAUAAUUCCGGUUGGGGUCCAGGUAGUGCGAUGUGGGAUUCUAUUGAUUCCAACAACAAUCUAAUGUUUCCUUCAGAUUUUAAUCUUGAAAACCAUGAAGAACACCAAAAGGAGUAUCAGCAGCAAGAGCAUGGGAAUUACGAUUUCUCUGACUUUGAAUCACAGAUGAAUCCUUUCGUUUGGAAGGAUGAAGCUUCAUUUUAAUGGUGGAAAUGGGGCUGCAUAUUUCAAGCCUUCGUUUCUGCAAUUAUUAGAUUAAUAUGAUUUGUAUUUGUAGUUAAGAAAGGGAAGAACACAAGGAGACAGUUUUGUGAUCUCUUUGUUGUAGAAAGUCCCUUCAGUCUUCAUCAAGAGCAAGAUCUGGUUUUUUGAUCUUCAAUUGAUGCAAGAUUUAGGUUUUCUUUUAAGGGUAAUUUUGUGUAUUUUUGUUUGUGUAUAAUAUAGAGAGUAUUUAUUUAGUUCAA